GACGCGUCUCUUAGCGUACGCGCAUUUGCAAAGCGCGCGCUCGUUUAUUCGACAUUUACGCGAUUGUGUAAUUUUUGUUUAUAUUUAAUAUAUAAUAAUAGAUUGCAGUGAAAUAACAUUAUGAUACGGGCGGCAGACUCAUGCGGGUGCCCCAUACGCGAGGUUGGCCCCUCGAUGACCGGCUCCUGUUCCAAUCAGUUCAUCCUAUUCAUGAGCAUCUUGGAAUCGUUUGUAAACGGCAGAUGCGACCUCGCCGACCCAUGCAACCGCGUGACGGACAGAGAAAUACCAGAUGAUAACUACGACUUUGUGGUUGUCGGCGGCGGCACAGCUGGAUCAGUUGUUGCUGCAAGACUGUCAGAAAACCCACAGUGGAAGGUGUUGCUGAUAGAAGCUGGCGGAGAUGAACCGAUACAAUCCUCGGUGCCUGCGUGGGUUACUGCAUACUGGGGCCGAAAGGACACUGAUUGGGAUUAUUAUACUGUGCCCCAGGAGAAAGCCUGUCUCGACAGCGGUGGAGUGUGUUCCUGGCCUCGAGGAAAGAUGCUCGGUGGUUGCUCAGUUAUCAACGGUAUGAUGUACAUGCGUGGCAAUCCCGCCGACUAUGACGGCUGGGCGGUCAACGGAGCAACCGGUUGGUCUUGGUUUGAAGUGCUACCAUACUUCCUGAAGAGUGAAGACAACAAGGAAAUUGGCAACGGAGUUUCCGGACAGUAUCACAAUGUGGGGGGACCUUUACCAGUGCAACGGUUUCGCUAUGCACCAAGAUUUGCCCAUGAUGUUGUGUCUGCCGGUAUAGAAAUGGGCUAUCCACCUACGAGUGACCUUAAUGGGGAGUCGGCCACUGGCUUUACUAUUGCACAAGCCUUUAACGAUGCUGGUUCAAGAUACAGCACAGCCCGAGCAUACCUCCGCCCUGCAUCCAAGAGAGAAAACUUGCACAUUUUACUGAACGCGGAAGGUUCAAGAGUUAUAGUUGAUCCCGCUACGAAGAAAGUGACUGGUUUAGAGUAUAUAAAGAAUGGCCAAACGAAGACUGUUGGAGUUAGUAAAGAGGUGGUUCUUUCUGGAGGAACAAUGAACUCCCCACAAAUUCUUCUGCUCUCUGGCAUUGGGCCAAAAGAAACACUGGACAAAUUCAAUAUUCCAAUAAUCAAGGAGUUACCAGGUGUGGGACAAAACCUUCAUAAUCACGUCGGGGUGUCGUUGGAGUUCACGCUGACAAAAGAGCCCGACGUACCUGAACUAUCAUGGGAAAGUGCGAUGGAGUAUAUGCUGAAACGAGAGGGACCUUUAUCUGGUACUGGUUUGUCACAGCUAACAGGUAAAGUGAACUCCCGCUUAGCUGCAAACGGAGGAAGGCAUCCAGAUGUACAGUUCUUCUUCGGCGGAUACUCUGCCUCUUGUGGAGAUGGUUCACUUGGUGACGCUGAGACUCUUGCAGAUGAGACUCACAAAAGAACUAUUUCAAUAUCAGCAAUAGCUCUGCAGCCUCGGAGCCGCGGUUACCUAACACUCGAAUCGACGGACCCGCAACAGCCUCCAAAAAUGCAACCUAACUACUUCCUCAAUGAACAUGAGCUGGAAGUCCUUGUAGAUGCUGCGAGAACUGCUUAUCGUCUCGCUAAUACUACGAUUUUACGUGACAAAUAUGGCAUGGAGCCCACAGAAGGCUAUGGUUCUGAAUGUCCUGGCGGCGGACCUAAUCCAAGUGACGAGUUCUUCAGGUGUCUCGCUAAAUUGCACACUGCUCCGGAAAACCAUCAGGCUGGUACCUGCAAGAUGGGGGCCGCGGACGAUCCGAUGGCUGUGGUUGACUCGCAGCUUAGGGUUUAUGGUAUUGAUGGUUUACGAGUAGCAGAUGCAUCUAUAAUGCCCACAGUUGUAUCUGGUAACACUGCAGCGCCAGUUGUGAUGAUUGGCGAACGUGCCGCAGAGUUUGUUAUCACCAAAUAUCAAGAACUUUUAAAGAACAGAUUUGGGGUAAACACACCUCCAAGUGAUAACAGUCAAGCUGGAUCUGAUAGGUGGAAUAACAACGAGUCAGACAGCGAAAAGUGGGACGAACGUUGGAAGCCCUGGGACAAGCAUUGGGACGAACCACAAUGGGACUACAAGCCACAUGAUCACCCCUAUGAGCAUGCCGAUUGGCACACGAAGAACAACGUAAAACAACCCGCGUACUAGCUUUAAUUCUUAUUUAAAUAUAUUUAUUAAAAUAACUAUAUCAAA